GAAAAAAAAUUACCAAACCGAACAUAUUUAACUCACCACUCACAAGUAAUAAAAAGAGAGAGAAAGGGGGGAUGAUGAAGAAAAAAUCUAGAGCUGUAAAUGUGAAACCUCUGCGAACGCUACGGCCAUGCACAGACGCACAUUCCGAUCGCCGCCGCCUUCUCUUCGCCAAUACCCACGCCUCAUCCUCAUUCAGACUGCCUCAUGACUGGUUGGUUCAGCGUAAACCUCGCCCUAAGAAUCCUAAUCAAAUUGACAAGUAUUACAUUGAACCCGGUACAAAAAGAGUGUUUCGGUCGCUGGUAGCAGUUGAGAGAUACUUAAGGUAUGGAGAAACAGAUGCAUCCCCAGGCAAAGUAUUGAAAGAAUCAGUCAACAAAUGUAUGCAAAUUAUUCCCUUCGAGAGCACUUCAAACUUUGUACUUCCUGAUGGUUGGAUCAUUGAGACAAAGGUUAGAACUAGCGGAGCUACUGCUGGUCGUAUUGACAGGUACUAUGUUGAGCCAGGGACUGGACGUCAAUUUCGCUCCUCAAGAGAGGUUGAGAGACACCUUAAAGAAACAAACAUGGUCACAGCACCAGUCAAGAUCCAACAUUCUCCUCUUAUUACUGAGAGCCCCUCGAACUUUGUACUACCUGAUGGUUGGAUCAUUCAGAAAACACGGCAUCGUAAGUACUAUGUCGACCAGAACACCGGAAAUGUAUUCAGGUCAUUAAUAGCUGUUGAGAGACACCUAGAAGAAGAAAAAGAAAAGGAAUACACAAUGACACUCAAUGCGUUCAAGCAUUCCCGUUGCUUCAAAAUCAGGUUUCCACCAAAUCUGAUUCCCAUAAUGUAUGUGCACCUGAUGAGACAUGUUCUACUAAAGUUAAUGAUGACACCCCUACAAAAUAUAGUGAACAAACAAUUAUGUCAAAAGAAAUCACACAUCACAAUAUUUCCGGACUUUCGGGGCAUUCUGAUUUGCGUAAAAAUAGUAAGUUGGGAGAGAAAUUCGAAGCCUCAAUGGAUGAUUUUUCCUGCCCACCAUCAAAGAUAAAGUGGGUUCUUGGUGGUUCUGGUGGAGAUAUGUGGAAUCCUUUUGUUGGUGAAUUUAUGGUCCCAGAAUCUAUGAAGCAAAAGUGGUCUGAAACCUUUAUAUCAUCCAUCUGCAGUGAAAAACUUAAAUCAGGCAUUUAAGAUAUGAAUGAUAUUCUGGCAAGGUGGUGUUCACCUGUUGAGUUUGUGAAUAUGAAAGAAUGUAACGCCACAAGGUUCAUUUACAUACUUGGAGAUGAGUUUUGUCUCAAGCAGAAGAAAUAUAUAAAUAAAUGUACAUAUUUUCUCAUGGACUGAAUGCAAAGAUAACUAACUGGUUGAUUAGUCUGCAUCCCUUUUGUUUGAGACCAGUUUUUUAUUAUAUGAAAGAACUAAAAUUCAAUGUUUUGAGAAUUUCAUUGUAUUGAAUUAUGUUUUGGUAUUGAAUUAUCAUAAUUCAAUCGUGAUUCCGUAAAUUGACUUGAUAAAUAAUAUAUUUACAUUUAUGAUUAAAAA